AUGAACAUGUUUUUGAAGUUUGCUUCCGUCAUCAUCGCAGGAGGAGAGCACGAGCCUCUGUCUCUGAUGCGCUGCCGUCACUACCUCUUCCAUAAGGAUGAGGUGAAGACCAUCGUGCGCUCGAGCCGCGACGCGCACAGGAGCAAGAGUGCGGCGGUGUACUCCAUCCAGGGCAGGAGGGACCACAUGGAGGACAGGUUCGACAUCCUCACGGACACACACAACAAGAUCCAUCCGACCAUCUUUGGAGUCUUCGAUGGGCAUGGUGGAGAGUCUCAGUUGUGGCACCAUUUCCACUGCAACCAACAGUUUUGCCCCAGUGAGGUCUUGGGUAACGUUAGUGUGCUUAUGAGGAAGGCAGAAUUGGUGAAGAGCAUUAGAUCAAAAUAUAGGCCUAAACAGAAAAGAAACAGAAAUCAAGGCGAGCUGAAGGUGUAUGGAGGAGACCCAGUGAAGAGGAACGGAGAGUUCGAGAAGGGGUGUAGGGAUGUAAGAGGUCUGAAAGGUAAGGUGGAGCAAGGUUAUGAAGAGAUAUGUGGCUUCAUCAGGUUUAACGGCUUGUGGCGAGUGCAGGGCGCUCUGGCCAUGUCCCGGUCACUCGGUGACUAUCCCCUGAAGAACCUGAACGUGCUGAUCCCUGACCCCGACGUGAUGACCUUUGACCUGGACAGACUACAGCCUCAGUUCAUGAUCCUGGCGUCAGAUGGACUCUGGGACGCGUUCAGCAAUGAGGAAGCCAUGCAUUUCAUUAAAGCGCGUCUGGAUGAACCGCACUUCGGUGAGAAGAGCAUCGUCCUUCAGGCGUUUUCCCGCGGCUGUCCAGACAACAUCACCGUGAUGGUGGUCAAGUUCGGAAAGAGAGGCUCCAAGGCCCCCGGCCAGUGAAGGAGAAUCGGAUCCCACGUCUGAUAAUGUUAUGA